AUGCUACAGAAUCUCAUUCCUUCACGGUGGCGCCGUGGUUAUGGCGCCGACGACUCCGACAAGCCCGGCGUCUACGACCGCAGAAUCACUCCUUUUCUCGAGACCGUCUCGCUCAAGGCGUGCACCCACCCUGUCCGAACCAUUGCGGUCGUCGCCAUUCUCGGCAGCCUUUUCUACGUUCAGCUCCUUGAAACCGGCUUCUUCCAACCCAAGCCAUUAGACAUUGCGAACCGCAUCGACUUCGCCACGCUUUCGAGUGGGAGCAGGAGGCUCAACUUGGGACCAGAAACAGCUUGGAAAUGGCAGGCAGAUGAUUACAAGUCCAAGGCCUCCGCAAAGGAGGACCUUGCGCUGGUGACCCUGGAGUUUGUCAACUCGGCCGCUCGCUCAUUCAAUGUCUCGCCCAUCGUCGAGCAGAUCCCCACAACCAGCCAUAUCCAGCGGCUGCCCUCAAGCGAGAGCGUCUUCUCUCCUCUCGGCUCAGACACCACCCUCGCAUUCUCCAUGCCUUACUCGGAGACCCCCGAAUUCUUCCAAUCGAUCCGAGAGAUCGGGGCCAAGCCACGUACUCCCUCGUCAGAGGAGGAGUUGGAAGCGGACUCGGAAGACCAGCAAGAGCAGAAGUUGUGGUUGAUGAAGUCUUCCCGAGCAAACAAUGGUUCGAGCACUUGGCUGGGCUGGGCACGAAACUCGUGGACCGCCUUUGUCGAUGUCCUGAAGAACGCCGAGACGCUGGAUAUCAUCAUCAUGGCACUCGGAUACAUUUCUCUGCAUUUGACAUUUGUCUCCCUCUUCAUGAGUAUGCGUCGCAUGGGAUCCAAUUUCUGGUUGGCGGCAUCGGUCCUGUUUUCGAGCACGCUCGGUUUCCUCUUCGGCCUGAUCGUUACGCUUUACCUAGGUGUCCCCGAGAAUGUGAUUCUCAUCUCCGAGGGCGUUCCAUUCCUGGUGGUCACUGUGGGAUUUGAGAAGCCCAUCAUGCUCACCCAGGCCGUUUUGUCCGCCGCACUGCGCGCCAAGAAUGGCAAGCCUGGCGACAACGCUUCCGGUGAUGGGACUCUGACCAUUCAGAAUGCCGUACAGGUCGCUGUGCGUGAGCGCGGUUUGGAGAUUGUGCGCGACUACUGCAUCGAGAUCGCAAUCCUUUGUGCUGGCGCAGCGUCUGGCAUCCAGGGUGGUCUUCGUCCGUUCUGCAUCCUUGCUGCAUGGACUCUCUUCUUCGACUGCAUCCUGCUCUUCACCUUCUACACUUCAAUCUUGACCAUAAAGCUCGAGAUUAAUCGCAUCAAGCGUCACGUGGCUGUCCGCAAGGCCUUGGAGGAGGAUGGUGUCAGCCGCCGUGUCGCUGAGAACGUAGCCGCUAGCAACGACUGGCCCAACGGCAAGAACGUCGAAAGCAACGAAUUGCUGAGCCUUUUCGGUCGCAAGGCACGCGACAGCAGCAUCCCGAGGUUCAAGGUCCUGAUGGUAUCUGGUUUCUUGCUCAUCAACGUCCUCAACCUCUGCACCAUGCCAUUCCGUGGUACACGUCACAACUCGCCUCUGCCGACCGCCGGUUUGUCCAGCGUCGUCACACAGCCUCCGCUUGAUCCAUUCAAGGUCGCCGGCAAUGCGCUCGAUAUCAUCUUCGCCCGUGCCGAGCACAACCGGGUACCCACCACCGUCACCGUAUUCAGCCCUAUCAAGUAUGAAUUCCAGUAUCCCUCAGUCCACUACUCCGCUCCUGCAAACGUGGACUGGGCACUCUUCGAUGGCGACUUGGAGCGUGGCUUGUUUUCAGCGGUCGGUGGGAAGGUCGUCGAGAGCCUCCUCAAGAGCUUCGAAGACCCGGUCCUGAGCAAAUGGGUGAUUACUGCAUUGGUCAUGAGCUUGGUUUUGAAUGGAUACCUCUUCAACGCGGCGCGCUGGAGCAUCAAGGAACCCCGACAAGAACAGGCUCAGCAACCUACGCACGAGGCGACCAACGGUCAUGCUGUGCCUCCGGUAGCCCAGCCUCUGCGCGAUGAUGAAGAAGAUGAGGAAGAAGAGGAAACCCCGGCUGCCAAUGGUACCGUCGUGAAGCGCUCAGCUGCGGAAUGCGAAGCGCUUCUCGCUGAAAAGCAAGUGACUCUCCUGAACGACGAGGAGCUCAUCGACCUUGCACUUCGCGGCAAAAUCCCUGGCUAUGCGCUCGAGAAGACUCUCGGCGACAAGACCCGUGCCGUCAAGAUUCGCCGUGCCCUCGUCUCGCGCAGUGUGCCGAUUGCAUCUAAACUCGAACGUUCGCUGCUACCAUACAAACGCUACGACUACGACCGUGUCUUCGGUGCAUGCUGCGAGAACGUGGUCGGAUACCUCCCUCUACCUCUCGGUCUUGCUGGCCCCAUGACGAUCGACGGCAAAUCAUACUACCUACCGAUGGCGACAACCGAAGGUGUGCUUGUCGCAUCGACAUCGCGAGGUUGCAAGGCCAUCAAUGCUGGCGGUGGCGCCACUACAGUCGUCACAGCCGACGGCAUGACCCGUGGCCCAUGUGUUGGUUUCGAGACCUUGGCUCGUGCAGCAGCAGCCAAAUUGUGGUUGGACAGCGCCGAAGGCCAAAAGACCAUGAAGGAGGCCUUCAACUCCACCUCACGAUUCGCGCGGUUACAAACCAUGAAGACCGCCAUUGCUGGCACUUACCUGUACAUCCGUUUCAAGACCACGACCGGUGAUGCCAUGGGUAUGAACAUGAUCUCCAAGGGUGUCGAGCACGCCCUCCGCGUCAUGCGUGAGAACGCCGGUUUCGACGACAUGGCCAUCAUCUCCGUCAGCGGCAACUUCUGUACCGACAAGAAGCCCGCCGCCAUCAACUGGAUCGACGGCCGUGGCAAGAGCGUCGUCGCCGAGGCCAUCAUCCCGGCCGAAGUCGUGCGCAGCGUGCUCAAGAGUGAUGUGGAUGCGCUCGUCGAGCUCAACAUUGCGAAGAACUUCAUGGGCUCUGCCAUGGCGGGUUCGAUCGGUGGUUUCAAUGCCCAUGCCGCUAACACUCUCACUGCUAUGUUCUUGGCCACCGGACAGGACCCGGCCCAGAACGUCGAGAGCAGCAAUUGUAUCACCGUCAUGAAGAAUCUCCGCGGCUCCCUCCAAAUCUCCGUCAGCAUGCCCUGCAUCGAAGUCGGCACGCUCGGCGGUGGCACCGUCCUCGAGCCGCAAGCCGCCAUGCUCGACCUCCUCGGCGUCCGGGGCCCGCACCCGACCUCUCCCGGCGAAAACGCCCGCUCCCUCGCCCGCAUCAUCGCCGCCGCCGUCUUGGCCGGUGAGUUGUCCCUCUGCUCCGCCUUGGCCGCAGGCCAUCUCGUCAAAGCCCACAUGGCGCACAAUCGCUCGGCUGCACCGAGCGCGGUCCCCACGAGGAGUCCGACGCCUGUCGGCUUGACCAUGACGAGUACGGUCGAGAAGGCCAGGGAGGCGGCGAGACGGUGA